AUGGAUUUCACAUCCACAUAUGCCCAUGCUUUAUGGGAUAGUGUGCUAUUCUCGCCUGGAUCGACCUUUCUCGCAUACAUCAAUGGAAAAGAUAGGCGUCAAGUGAUGGUGCGUGUGACAGGCACCAUGCAGGUCGUGCGUUCCUGGGACUUGGACGCGUCGCUAGACAGCUUGUCAUGGUCCGGUGACGGCCUUUUUCUUCUAGCCAGCAAAAAGAGCAAAGAGGAUAGUACACGUGAGGGCGUAUCUUAUGUUUUACCGCUUGAUCCAGAUACCGCUGUCACUGAUGGGUCAGACGACAAUCUAGGUUGGGUUGCGCGUGUCGUAGCUGGCGUCCAAGGCCUUGUUCAUGCUGCUUGGCUCCCUUUGAAACGCAUUCCAUCUUUCAUUCAGUUUUCCGGUUUUGAAGGGAGCGCUAUCAUCUAUUCGCUUUCUGACCAAGCAUUUACGAUUCUACCUCGUGCCACUCUUCCUCAUGUCUAUACCAAUAGUAACUGGCCGGAACUUUUCAUUCUUGCUCAACGGGAGAGGGAGCAGGACCGCCUCAUUGUAUUUCGACCUGCUUCCCUUGAUGCACCUACCCUAGACAAUCCUGUUGUUUUUAUAUCCCAACAGACGAUUCCUUUGCCUACCAAUGCUGUUGCUGGCGUUGUAUGGAGUCCUGAUGGCAAUCUGCUUGCUGUCUGGGACAUGGCUCUAGAAUACAAACUGUCAAUUCACACGCUCUCUGGUACCCAUCUGGCUACAUUCACCUUAAAUGAAUGGGGCGUCCCUCAUACUGAGACCCCAAUGUCUAAGGCCGACGUCCAACAAGCCUUAACUUCUUGUACCUCAACAGGCCGAGCGCGUCGCGUCACUGUUCGGCCUUCUAUGCGUAUACCAAAACCAUCAUACAAUACCGGUACACUACCGCAUCGCGUCGCAGGGGGUGGCUUGGGUAUUCGGCAGGUCGUAUGGCAUCCUUCCAGUGAAUUCCUUGUCCUGGGAGGAUUCGAUGAACAAAUACAUAUUCUACACCACGCAGACUGGUCGUUGAUGUAUUCACUCGACCUCAGUGUCUCUGGAUUACGCUCUAUGGGCGAAGCUCCUCAGGUAUGGCUUGAGCCGCAUCGCUGGUUCGAGGCGACUCGAGGCCAAGGUAUUGUUCCGAUGGAGCCCUCCACGUUCCCUAUUGACGUCCCAACGAUUCGCACCGAGGAUGCGCCGACCCCCUUUCAGAACGGGAUUAGCUGGAUGCAGUGGAACCAAGAUGGUACACUUUUAGCAUGUAUCAACCAGAAUUUGCCCACAGUUCUAUUUAUCCAUGAAUUUGUGGGCUGGAUGGAACGCGGUAUUGAUGCUUAUAUGCGUCCUCAUGCCAUGCUUGUAUUCACUCAUCCUAUUGUUUGCACAUCAUGGAAACCAGGACACAAGGCGAGCUUGGCUGUCGCAACCGGUCAACAAGCCGUGUUCAUUUGGACGGCGCAGGCCAACUCAGGCGAUCACGCGCACCAAUUGGCGGAAGCUGUGGCAAUUCCCAAUGAUCCUUUCUCGGCACAACACCUCACAUGGUCGCCUGAUGGUCUAACCCUUGUUUUGAUGGAUUCCCAAACGUUCUGCUGCGUUGUA